AUGGCCCUGAGGGCAGGUGAGCACAGCCAGGAGGCAGCAAAUGGGCUGAAGGAGAGAGUACUGACACUGGACUCCAUGAACCCUUGUGUCAGGAGGGUGGAGUACGCGGUUCGAGGCCCCAUUGUGCAGCGGGCGCUGGAGCUGGAGCAGGAGCUGCGCCAGGGCGUAAAGAAGCCCUUCACCGAGGUCAUCCGUGCCAAUAUCGGGGACGCACAGGCCAUGGGGCAGAUCCCUAUCACCUUUCCGCGCCAGGUCCUGGCCCUCUGUGUCCACCCCGAUCUCCUGAACAGCCCUGACUUCCCGGAGGACGCCAAGAGGAAGGCAGAACGCAUCUUGCAGGCCUGUGGGGGCCACAGCCUGGGGGCCUACAGCAUCAGCGCUGGUGUCCAGAUGAUCCGCGAGGAUGUGGCGCGGUACAUUGAGCGGCGCGAUGGAGGCAUUCCCGCCGACCCCAAUAACAUCUUCCUGUCCACGGGGGCCAGCGAUGCCAUUGUGACGGUGCUGAAAUUGCUGGUAACCGGCGAGGGUCGCACGCGCACGGGCGUGCUCAUCCCCAUCCCUCAGUAUCCACUCUACUCUGCCGCGCUGGCCGAGUUCAACGCGGUGCAGGCGCGUGACCACUGCCGCCCCCGCGCGCUCUGCGUCAUCAACCCCGGGAACCCCACCGGGCAGGUGCAGACUCGCGAGUGCAUCGAGGACGUGAUCCGCUUCGCCUUUGAGGAAAGGCUUUUCCUACUGGCCGAUGAGGUGUACCAAGACAACGUGUACGCCGAGGGCUCGCAGUUCCACUCGUUCAAGAAGGUGCUCACGGAGAUGGGGCCACCGUACGCGGCGCGACAAGAGCUCGCCUCCUUCCACUCGAUUUCCAAGGGCUACAUGGGCGAGUGCGGCUUCCGCGGCGGCUACGUGGAGGUGGUGAACAUGGACGCCGCGGUGAAGCAGCAGAUGCAGAAGCUGCGGAGCGUGCGGCUGUGCCCGCCCACCCCGGGCCAGGUCCUGCUCGAUGUGGCUGUCAGCCCGCCCGCGCCCUCCGACCCCUCCUUCGCGCAGUUCCAGGCGGAGAGGCGGGCGGUGCUGGCCGAACUAGCGGCCAAGGCCAAGCUCACGGAGAAGGUCUUCAACGAAGCUCCCGGCAUCCGCUGCAACCCGGUUCAGGGCGCCAUGUAUUCCUUCCCGCGCGUGCAGCUGCCCCCGCGUGCGGUGCAGCGCGCUCAGGAGCUGGGCCUGGCUCCCGACAUGUUCUUCUGCCUGCGCCUCCUAGAGGAGACUGGCAUCUGCGUGGUGCCUGGGAGUGGCUUCGGACAACGGGAAGGCACCUACCACUUUCGGAUGACUAUUCUGCCCCCCAUGGAGAAGCUGCGGCCCCUGCUGGAGAAGCUGAGCCAGUUCCAUGCCAAGUUCACCUGCGAGUACUCCUGA